UGUUUGCCAUCAAACCUCAGAAGAAGAAGAUUCGCGUCAGUUAGCUCUGUUGUUUUGUCGUGAAGCUGGUUUAAUACAAACUGUUAGAAAUGUUGUUUCUGUAAAUAGAGAAAUACAGUUUUUGAAUCAGGUCAGUAAAUACCUGUAAUAUUCUCAUCCUCACAGUUGUGACUAAAUUUUGAAUCAAGCAGGAAUAAUAUCUGGAGGAGUGUCAUCUGAACUGAGAUCUGCUGCUGUGAAGAUGGAGUUUGUUAAAGAGGAGAGUGAAGAGAACACAAGUGAACCAGAAACCUGGAGAAUAAAACACGAGGAACCAGAAACCUGGAGAAUAAAACAAGAGGAACCAGAAACUUGCAGAAUAAGACACGAGGAAUCAGAAACCUGGAGAAUAAAACAAGAGGAACCAGAAACAUGUAGAAUAAAACAAGAGGAACCAGAAACCUGCAGAAUAAGACACAAGGAGCCAGAAACCUGCAGAAUAAAACAAGAGGAAACAGAAACCUGCAGAAUAAGACACGAGGAACAAGGAGGCCUGAUGAAAAUGAAAGAAGAAAAACGAGAUCUGAAAGAGGUGGAGGAGAAAUAUCAGGAUCAGAAAUAUCAUGGUGUCAAUGAAGAAAAAUCUGUGAAUUGCAGCAUUAAAACAACAGAAGUCAAGAGGCCUUUCAGCUGCUCUCAGUGUGGAAAGAGUUUUACAAUGAAAACAAGCCUUAAUAGGCACAUGUUAAUUCAUGCUGGGAUGAAAUCUUUCAGCUGCACUCAGUGUGGAAAGGGUUUUACACAGAAAGCACACCUUAAGAAGCAUUUGGUAUCUCACACUUCAGAAAAACCUUUCGGCUGCUCUCAGUGUGGAAACACUUUCUCAUGUAAAGCAAGCCUUAAUAGGCACAUGUUAAUUCAUGCUGGAAUAAAGUCUUUCAGCUGCUCUCAGUGUGGAAAGGGUUUUACACAGAAAGCACACCUUAAGAGUCAUUUGGUAACUCACACUUCAGAAAAACCCUUUGGCUGCUCUCAGUGUGGAAACACUUUCUGGUGUAAAGGAAGCCUUAAGAAGCACAUGUUAAUUCAUGCUGGGAUAAAGCAGUUCUCCUGCUCUCAGUGUGGAAAGUGUUUUAGAAAGAAAUCAUGCCUUAAUAGGCACAUUUUAAUUCAUACUGGAAUAAAGCCUUUCAGCUGCUCUCAGUGUGGAAAGAGUUUUACACUGAAAGCACACCUUAAGAAGCAUUUGGUAUCUCACACUUCAGAAAAAUCCUUUGGCUGCUCUCAGUGUGGAAACACUUUCUGGUGUAAAGAAAGCCUUAGGAAGCACAUGUUAAUUCAUGCUGAGAUAAAGCCGUUCUCCUGCUCUCAGUGUGGAAAGUGUUUUAGAAAGAAAUCAUGCCUUAAUAGGCACAUGUUAAUUCAUGCUGGAAUAAAGUCUUUCAGCUGCGCUCAGUGUGGAAAGGGUUUUACACAGAAAGCACACCUUAAGAAGCAUUUGGUAUCUCACACUUCAGAAAAACCCUUUGGCUGCUCUCAGUGUGGAAACACUUUCUGGUGUAAAGAAAGCCUUAAGAAGCACAUGUUAAUUCAUACUGGGAUGAAGCCGUUCUCCUGCUCUCAGUGUGGAAAGUGUUUUAGAAAGAAUUCAUACCUUAAUAGACACAUGUUAGUUCAUGCUGGAAUAAAGUCUUUCAGCUGCACUCAGUGUGGAAAGGGUUUUACACAGAAAGCACACCUUAAGAAGCAUUUGGUAUCUCACACUUCAGAAAAACCCUUUGGCUGCUCUCAGUGUGGAAACACUUUCUGGUGUAAAGAAAGCCUUAGGAAGCACAUGUUAAUUCAUGCUGAGAUAAAGCCGUUCUCCUGCUCUCAGUGUGGAAAGUGUUUUAGAAAGAAAUCAUGCCUUAAUAGGCACAUGUUAAUUCAUGCUGGAAUAAAGUCUUUCAGCUGCACUCAGUGUGGAAAGGGUUUUACACAGAAAGCACACCUUAAGAAGCAUUUGGUAUCUCACACUUCAGAAAAACCCUUUGGCUGCUCUCAGUGUUGAAACACUUAGCCUCUUUCAUAAUGCCAUUGCGGCAAAUACACGGGUAAAGUGAUCCGGCAAUUAUUCCCGGGUUGCUAGAUUUUGCAUUGCCAGUGAUUACCCAAGAUAUGUGCGUGCUUUCACACACCCGUAAAGAUCCCGUAACGACACGUGACAUCAGUGACAUAAUGUACGAGUCGAAAACGUUAGGCACGUUAUACUUUCACUGAAGCAAGUGAACGAUCUCGGCAUUAGCGCGAAAAGUGAGGAACUAACUGAUUUCUGCUUCAUUACAGUUUGCAUAUAUUUUUUUGUUGCAAACGUUGAUCUUUCUUCAAAACAGCCGGCAAAAGAGUCGCGCGAUAACGUGCGUCAUCACUUCGACACGUCAUUAGAUCUGGCUUUUCACCUGUAAAGCAAGCUAUGAGAAACACAUGAGCCCCUUUCACACUGCACGUCGGACCCGCAAUAUUUCCGGAACAUUGCCGGGUCGCCUUCUGUGUGAAAGCAACCACGUCCCAGAAUUGAUUACCGAAUUGAACCCAGGUCGGGGACCUAGUAACAUUGCAGUGUUCGACCCGGGACGAGCGCUGUGUGAACAAAAGCCAGAUCUAAUUCCGUGUUGAAGUGAUGACGCGACUCUUUUACCGGCUGUUUUGAAGGAAGAUCAACGUGUACGACGAAAACAUAUGUGCAAACUGUAAUGAAGCAGAGAUUCCUCACUUUCCACGCUGAAGCAUAACGUGCCUAGCGUUGUCGACUUGUACAUUACACGUCACGCGCUGAUGUCACGUGUCGUUACGGGAUCUUCAAGGGUUGUGUGUGAAAGCACGCACAUAUCCCGGGUCAUCACUGGCAAUGUGAAAGUGCAAAAUCUAGCCACCAGGAAACAAUUGCAGGAACACUUUACCCCUGUAUUUGCCGGAAUGGCAGUGUGAAAGGGGCUAUGUUAAUUCAUGCUGGGAUAAAGCCUUUCAGCUGCUCUCAGUGUGGAAAGAGUUUUACAUAUAAAUUUUACCUUAGUUGGCACAUGUUAAUUCAUGCUAGGAUAAAAUCUUUCAUCUGCUCUCAGUGUGGAAAGAGUUUCACACUAAAAGGACAAUUUAAGAUUCAUCUGGUAACUCAUACUCCACAAAAUCCUUUUAUCUACUCUGUGUGGAUGGUCUUUGUCACAUAAAGGAUACCUUGAUAAUCAUGUUUAAAGUGCUCAUUGAAUGCCCAUUUUCCACAAGUUUAUAUGAUUCUUUAGGGUCUCAAAGGGGUCAUAUGAUGCGAUUUUCAAAUUUUCUCUUUGUAAUGUUACAAGCUCUUGGUGCAUAUAUAAGAACUUUUAAGUUGCAGAGACUAAAGUCUCAAAUCCAAAGAUAUAUCCUUUAUAUAAGUUAAGGGUCAACCACACUCCUCUAAACUUGUUUUACCACACCACCACAUCUCAACAUCACUGUAAAAAGACAUUAUAAGGCAUUGUAAUGAGUAAUUUUGUCCCAUUCGAUUCAACAAAUGCCUUGUUGGUAAUGUGUUUUAUUUUAUUUGUUUUGUCUCGUCUAUUGAUUAGCGCUUGCUAACUGGGUCAAGGACUCCUCUCUGUACUAAUCAUAACAGGCAUGGCCAGCUGACCCAUCAGUAAAUUGUAGGCUUGUGGAAGAGAGGGGUUUGCUCUGAACUUGCUUGGAAUGAAUCGUUUAGAAUUCAUUGGCAAAUUACUUUAAUAUUAAAUGUAUAUUUUGAGAAAAUUACAAUGUUUUCUUACCUUAAAUGCAUUUAAUACUGUUGUAGGGGACUCCAUUACAAUAUUAGGACACUUUACCAUAUUACCUGCUCUUGAAAUGCUCUUCAAAGUGUGCUUUGUCCUGCAAGCCCACUGUUCCUUAACCAGAAUGAGAAGACAAGCCAUCUAGUCUCAACAGCUUUUCUUUCUUUCUUCUACAUCAGUUUGUUGUUGUCUGGACCAACUAUAAAAUUUCAACCAGCGUACACGACUCCACACCAUCCUUCAGCCAACACCCAAGACAUCACUUCCAAUGACCAAUCAGCAACCUACAGAAACCCCUUUCUGCAGCCAUAUAAAAUUAAUUCCUUUAAAACAAAGGCAACACAAGUACAACCUCCAGAUUCUUGCCGGUUUAUUGAUUAAACGCUGUUCAGCAAUUUCCUUUAUUGAUAUAAACAUUGGAUUUCACAUUUUCACUCUCUCAAGCUAAUUUUUUCCCUCUGUUUCUGCAACUUGUGUGAAUAUGUGUGUGUAUGUGUUUGUUAGUUUACAUGUCCUUUUGAUUUGUCCAAUAAAGUCUUACAAUUAAAAAAGUA